AUGGGUGCCAUCACCCUCACCUCGCCAGCGGGCUGGAAGAUCUUCCGCUCCCCAGCAGACUCGUCUUCCAACUCUACAGGCACGGCUCUUACGCCUCCUACCGUUGAGACACAGCCACCUCCCGUGUCGCAGCUCGUCCGUACAGGCGGACAAGAAUCGAACAGCUCAGAGGAAGUCCUUCAAAGUCAAGCCACUCCCGGCACCACACGUAUAGAACAACCAAAGGCGGCUACUUCAGCUCCUGCUACGUUGCGCCCCACUCCCAAGGCGACGGCUGCGAGGCGACCCAUGUCCUUCAUCGCCACGUCCAAAGUCAAGACAUUUGGCAAACCACUGGCGCUUGCCUCUGUACAGCAGCAGCCUCCUUCCACCAACCCGCCACGUACAGUGGAAGGGUCUGGCCUGCUACGCUCGCUGGCAGCCAAGAAGCGCCUGCCUCGAUGGUUAUCCCGGAGCUCAGACGCAAUGCAGAUCUCCAAGCCUCAGCUCGUAUCCCACUCUUCCUCUCACCCUGUCUCGCCAACUCCCCUGGAGUCGAUCUUGCUCCUCGGAAGAGCCGAGACGGCUCUCGGUGUUCCGGCUAGCUUGAGUAAGGAAGUCAACGCAGGAUUUUCUUGCGUUACUUUCGAGCAGGAGAGAGAAGGGGUAGCCCGCAAGAGGAGUGCAUCUAUGAGUACCGCGCAGCUACUGGAAGAGGCGGCUACUAAGCUCAUGGGGGAGAGGUCUGCUGCAAAGAUGGCAGCGGGACAGGGCAAGGUCGUUCCUCCUGUCAAUAGCAAAGACGCCAAAGCUCAGGGGAAGACAAGCGUGGAUAUAAUUACCAGAGACGCCAAGCUACAAAAUGGUCUGCGUCAAGUUCUCAAUCAGAACAACAAGUCUACUCCAGCCCUCCCAUCCUGUGCCACUGGCACUGCCACUACCGCUGGCAACCCUCUCCCUUCAGAUAUACCUUCGCAUUCCAUCUCUCGCAAAGCCGUCCCGAAACUUCCGGACUGUGAUUCUGAUUUCCUACCGCAGGAGCUACCACUGAAAAGCGAGAUGCUCUACCCUGGAAUUUCCGGCUCUGUACAUCUCUCAGGGGAUGGACCGACGAUGCAUAGCAUUGUUGUUUCUCGUGCUGAAGAUGAUUUUGAGCGUUUUGGGGGCAAUGCAGAUGAAGUGGCUGUUCAGGACGCACUCAAGGGCAAAGUCAUCGACCUGACAAAGGAGGUCGAGGCGUGGAAGAAGAGCAAGCUCGCUUUACGCGCCAGUAGACUGAAGCAAGAGCAGCACGAGAAGGUCAGAAGGGUCAGAGUACAAGAGGUGGCCGUCGUCGAAAGGGACGCAAAGCCAGAGGAGAAGAUGUCGGAGCGUACAGUCACCGCUCCUGAGAAAUCAAUCGCAGAACUCCCCCGAGCGAUACCUGCAGUUCACCCUGCCACUCCAAGCAAGAAUCGAAUGUCUCGCUCCUCCAAUGGGAGCCAGCGCUCCCGACCUCCGUCUGUCCCUUUGCCCUCUUUGCCGAAUACGCCAAGGAAGCAACAGCUGCCAUCUCAGCAGCGCGCCACUGCACAGCGUAAAGUCAGCGAGGCGGCUACGCAGACUAGCGAGCUGGCAUUUGUUGUCACGCAUCGCGAGGAGGGAAGCAGUGGCAAGACUCAGCGCGAGGUAAAUGUUGUCGAUGCGGCGGCUCCGCUCAUUGAUUUGGACAGCCCGGGUGCGGUGCCUGGGCAAAGUGCGAAUCAAAGCUCGCCUACAAAGGGAGCUGACCUUCCCUCUGGCCCUAGCGCUUCGGCUGCGGAAGAGACGGUCACGUUCAUCUCACAGGAAGAGGCCAGCUUGGACUUUGGCAGUCUGGGCCCUCCGACCGAUUCUUCUUGUCUGCCGAGUAGUAACGCGGCUGGGCUCAACAGCAAGAGCAAGUACGGUGCGGGUGCUAAUGGAGGUGGUCAGAGGGAUGGUAAGCUUGCGACUACUCAGCCGCUUGUCGUAGAAGACCGUCGUGAGGUACCUGUCCCCAACUCAUCCGAGAGGUACAGAUCUAGCAAUACUCGCCCAGCCCUGAAAGAUCCUCGAGACGAUCGAGCUCUCGAGACACAAUUUUGGUCCCUUCUAGCUCAAGUCCAAGCCAGAGAGUACGGCUAUGCAGACGCUCUUGCCGAUGAGCUGAAUCUCGAGCCCGAGACUGGAGCCUCCUCGACUUCCACCCUCUCUUUUGCUGGAAUUCGGGACUGGAGGGAACGCGUAGCAAGCGAGGCUGGGCGAUUGAGAAAGACGCAGCACGCACCUGUGAGGGAGGUGUUCCCUGCCACCGCUCGAGACGAGAGACAGAUGCCACACGUGCUCAGGGCUGUUUCUGGCCAUAGUGUGACGCCACAUGAUGGUGGACAGUGGGAAGACAUGGAUCUGCCAAGUACAAUCUUUCCUCCGACAUCCACUCUUGCGACUAGAGGCAGUGCGAGUCAGGUGACCGAGACGAAGGCCCAAGUCCAGCUAGCUCAGGCGGGCAACGAAGGGAUCAAGCCUGAAGCUCCUAUCAAGCUCGUGAUCCCUCCCAUUCAGGUACAAGCGCACGUCUCGACAGCGUCGUCAUCCAUGCUCUCCUGGGGCACUCGCUCCCGCCGCACCCUCAGCGAACACGAAGCACAGCGCCUCUUUGGCUCUCUUACAGCUGUGCCUCAUCCUGGUGAGGAGUGGGGCGUCAAGAGUGGCGCCGCGGGUGGUUUUGAAGAAGGGUUGUUGCAGCCGGGAGAGGAUCACCUUGGCGAGGGUGAGAGGGGAAGGAAGAGGCAAUCACGCAAUACGUUUGGAGUCGCUAGCUUUGAUCAGGGACAGAAAGCAGGUCAGCUUGCAGGGACAAAUGCAUCCAGGGGCAUAGCUUUGGCUGGUCACAAUACCGUGACCAGAACGACUACCACGACUAGGGCCACACAAUCGGUCGUUAGCAUUACCCAAUCCACCUCUGGGCCAAUACCUCAAGCUCCUCCCGCCUUUGCUUCUCUCGACACAGGACUAGCUCAGCAACAGACCCUCCCCGCCUCAACGUGCGAGUCGACUUCGACGCCAACAGCUCAGCGCCUCUGUGUAGACCUCAGCUCGGCACUCGACGUAGGCAAGGACGAGCACCUGCAGCGUGCUCUGGAACUCGUCGCUCAUCGCAUCGGUAUUGCGAGCGAGGAGCUGGAGAGACUGAAGAGGGAUCUGCACCUCAUUGCCCGGGCUAAGGGUGAGGGAGCAGCCGUGACUGCUGCAACGGACGUUGUGGCCAUCGAAGCGUGA